AUGACUUCCAGUGAAAAUAAUACGAAUCAUGUAUCUGAAAAUACAUUAUUAGAAGAGAAUGGUCCACAUGAUGAAGUAUAUGAUAAUCAAUUUCCAGAAAAUGUACAUAUCAUGAAAACGAAUAAUCAAUUAAGAGAAUUACAUACACUAUUACGUGAUCGUACAACAUGUCGGAGUGAUUUUAAAUUUUAUGCCGAUCGUCUUAUACGUUUAACUGUUGAAGCUGCAUUGGAUCAGUUACCAUAUGUACCAUGUAGUGUUAUAACACCAACGGGCAAUUGUUUUGAAGGUCUUCGUCAUGAAAAAGGAACGCUAUGUGUAUCAUUAAUGAGAAGUGGAGAAGCUAUGGAAAAAGGCAUUCGUGAAUGUUGCCGAUCUAUACGUAUUGGUAAAAUUUUAAUCAACGAAGGACAUGUAAUUUAUGCUAAGUUACCAUCGGAUAUUCAUCGACGUCGUCUUCUUGUUGCAUAUCCAGUUAUUACAACAGGUUCAACAGUUCUUACUGGUCUUCAAGUAUUACUUAAAGAAUAUCAAUGUAAACAAUCAAAUAUUAUAUUAAUAACAUUAUUUUCUACACCUGAUGGAUUAAAACAAAUUUGUGAACUUUAUCCUGAUAUAACAAUUGUUAUAUCAGAAAUCAAUACAGUUCCACCAAAUCAUUUUGGUCAAAAAUAUUUUGGUACUGAUUAA